AUGCCCACUGUCAUAGGAACCUUAUGGCCUUAUAAUGGAAAGAUUCCAUGGCAGAAAUACCAGUGUUGCACUCUUCCCUUCGACCUGUUCCUGUUCACACAAGACCGUGCUGAGUGGUUCAACAUAGCCCUCAAGCAACGAUGUUUCCGAGAUCUGAAGGAUCCAAGACAAGUUGAGGACACCAUCAGGGAUUUUUGGCGAAAGGAUGUGGACCCUGAGAAGCCAUGGAUGUUGGGCAACAUUCACUGGUCCACUGAAACCGAUGGUGACGGGAUUGGAUUCGAGAAGAAGGUGGUCACUUUUUUUCGCCUGAAGGUCAACUCACUUGACCCUAGAGAAAGACUUCAAAGGGAGAGGAACCGUGAGUAUGCUGAGAUCCUGCCACCUGGACCUGAACGUGACCUUGCUCUGAAGAUGCUGGUUGAUGACGAGCAGUUCUUUAAAGAAUCGGCAGAGUACACGAUCAAAAAGUGGACUGCCAGAAGCAAUCCAUGGGGCUUGCUGGUGGUCUUCACCUUCUGUGGUGAGGAGACUUGUCGCUGGUCGAUGGUUGCUUUCAAACUGUCCGAGACUGACUUGAUCAUGGAGGAUGAGCAAAGUCAGAGAGCUUUUGAGAGGCUUUUUGGUGUACAAACUGUGGAGCAAAAGUUGAAAACAACCAAGUUUUCCAUGGACACCUGGUUCACUGGUGGAGAUUUCGCUAAUGAAGCCAUGUGUCAGAUUCAGACGGCUGUUCGCCGCAGGUUGGAUUGGUUUGUUUUCGAAAAUGUGCCAGAGUACCCCACUGACUACCUCCGCCCACUGGAGCAGAAAUAUGCCUAUGAGGAGACGCUGAUUUCACCUCAACGAUUUGGAAAGCCCAUGAACAGGUUGCGCAAGUAUCGGCUUUACUGGAACAAAGAGAAGUAUACUCGGAAGGGCCCUUGCUUGCGGCAGAUCUUGAAGCUGGUGUGCCCACUUUCCGAACUCAAGAUGGAUGCUGAUGUGAUGUUUUGGAUGCGUCCUUCAGAACUGGCACAUUGA